CAGGGCUAUUCCGCACUCUGACGCUAUAUAUACAUAAAAGAAGAGAAAUUCGAUUAGAAUUAUAAAAGAGCGAAAAGGAUGGGAUUAUUAUUAUUUUGGGACGUGUGGUUUCGGAAGGAAUGGGAGAAAGAAACAGGAUGAGAAUAAAAUUAAAGAGAGUGGGGGAUAUUUGCGAUAUGGUCGCGGAUGCUUGAAUUGACGCUCAUAUCCAAGGGUCUUCGCGCAGACUCGUUUGACUUCGUGAGCUCGCCGGAUUUUUCGUUCAAAGGGAAAUAAAGAAAGAAAGGUGGUAGACAAGCACGAAACGCGCGUCUCCACGAAAAAUCAUUAAAAUUUUAAUAUACCUAUAAAAACGCGACACAGUGUUUAACAUUUUUUUUAAAUUAUAAUUUAUAUUUCCCCCCCAAAAAAAAAUUAUUUUUAACAAAUAUUUUUGGGUGAUUAUUAUUGAGACGCACAUGUCCAUGUAUAAUCAAGGGUUAUGGGAGAAUGUGAAUACAAGUGCUAAAGAAGAGACAAUAAUUGGUGGUGGUGGUGGUUGUACAAUGGAAUGGACUAGAGAAAAAACAUUGGAAUUAUUGAAAGAAUAUCAAGCACGUCAUGUCCUUUGGGAUUGUAAUACACGCGGUUAUCGUGAUCGUACAAAACGUAAAAAAGCUAUACAAGAACUUGCCGAUAUUCUUGGAUGUAAUACAUUGGAAGUUGAGAAAAAAGUCACUAAUCUUAAAUGCCAAUAUUCACGUGAAGUACAUAAAAUACAGAAUAGCAAGGAAAAUGCAAAUACUCCUGAUGAUUUAUAUGUCUCCAAGUGGUUUGCCUUCAAAUCAAUGCAAUUUUUGCAAUUUGGCACACGACGAUAUCGAAGAAAAAAGACUGUCGAGAAUUCAAAAUCAAUGGAAGAGGAAUAUCUUGUGAGCGAUAUAGAUCCUGAAAGUAUAACAUUUAUUGAGUCAAAUGAUGAAACAAAUGGUUCAUUUAAUGCAUCGUUAAGUGAAGAUGCAGAUGAAUUACUAUUAUCAUCUAAUGUUAAAGAUAAUGAACGAUAUUCAAAAAAUGAAAAUUAUCAUAUUGAUGAGUCUGAUGAUAAAAUGAUAAUGAAACACGAGGUUAUUGAUGAUAAAGAGAGAAAAAUAAUGAAAGAAGAAUACAUGAAAUUUGGCGAGAGCAUUGCAUUACAAUUGGCUGAAAUACCUGAUUCUUAUUCAAGAUCUGUCGCUAAAUUGAAAAUUAAUCAAAUUCUUUUUGAAGCUGAAAUUGGUAUUUAUGCGCAGGCGCGACGUUAAUUUCUUCUUUUUAUUUAAAAUUUUGAAGAAUGUGAUAAUUUCGUCAAUUUGAAGAAUUGUGUGCGUAUAUUUAGUUAUUUAGAUUUUUCUUUGACAAAUGUACAAUAUUAAUUGUACAGGAUCUCCAUUUUUAUAUAAAUACGUAGUACUUCGUAUAUAAAAAAAAGUCUAGUUUGUAAGAAAAAUAUUUUUCAAGACUGUCUUGUAUUUUAUUUUACAUAAAAAAAUGUAACUAUUUUGAUCGUUAAAAAUGUA